UGAUUUUUUACGCUGCCAUUUUGUCCGGCGGAGACUUGAACGGAAGCAGCCAGCCAGUCGAGCCCUGGGAACAACCCUCCCCCGCCCUCCCCAAACUCCCACCCCGCCACCCCGUCGAGACGUUCCACGCGGCGGGACGAGGACAGCGCCAAAGGGAAGGCGGAGGCGAUCCACUGGUUGUUGUUGUUUUUUUUUUUUUAACUUCCAACUCUUCUCCAAGCUAAUUUUGCUAGCUUGCCCCCCCCUUCCUCGCUAACACCCUCCGCCCUCUCUCCCCAGACUGAGACUUCAUCUGUCACCGCUGGCAGCUCCCCCCGUGUGAUUUUUACAAGUUCAAGCAAUGCCCUUCUCGCUUUUGCGUGACUUUUUUUCUACUCGCAGGAGGACUUGACUGGCACUUUUUUUUUUUUUUUUGUUACGAGCCGUAGCGGCUAACAAGCUUAACAAGUUGACGUGGAGGAAAGAGGCGCUCAAGUUGUCCCCAGUGGCGACCCGUUUGUCGGUUUUGCGACUUCGUGAAAGCCCCCCCCCAAAAAAAAAAAAAAAUAUAUAGCCCGAGUGACAUCGCGGCCAGUUAGCUAUGUUUAUUUAUGACCGCAAAGUUAUUUCCACUGUGAGCGAAUCCCACAGCGGGACUCUCUUUUGGCUCGAGGAUUGCAGCGGAAACAUGAGCUAACACAGACUAGCUCAGAAUAGUAUAGUAGAUCUAGAGGUAAAAAAAAAAAAAGAAUAAAUAAGCUGAACAGAGGAAAGAAUACAACAACAACAAAAAAAAAAAAAACCACAAGGCUUUUACGUCCGCUUGACAGUAACGUCACGUUGAAGUGUAGGCACAAAAGAGGAGCCGAAAAAGGAGAAGACAUGUCUGGCCAAUCGAUCACCGACCGGAUCGCUGCGGCUCAGCACAGCAUGACCGGAUCGGGCAUCAGCAAGGCGGUGUGUAAGGCCACCACGCACGAAGUGAGCGGACCCAAGAAGAAACACCUUGACUAUUUGAUCCACUGCACCAACGAGAUGAACGUGAACAUUCCCCAGCUGGCGGACACUCUGUUCGAGCGCACGGCCAACUCCAGCUGGGUGGUGGUCUUCAAAGCCCUUAUCACCACGCACCACCUCAUGAUGUACGGCAAUGAGCGUUUCAUCCAGUACCUGGCCUCCAGAAACACGCUGUUUAACCUCACCAACUUCCUGGAUAAGGGAGCCCUGCAAGGUUACGACAUGUCAACCUUCAUCAGAAGAUACAGCCGUUACCUGAACGAGAAGGCCAUGUCCUACAGGCUCGUGGCCGUGGAUUUCACCAAGAUGAAGCGAGGGACCGAGGGUGUGAUGCGGACCAUGAACACAGAGAAGCUGAUUAAGACGCUGCCAAUAAUUCAGAACCAGCUUGAUGCUCUGCUGGAUUUCCAGGCCAACCCGAACGAACUCACUAAUGGCGUGAUCAACUCUGCCUUCAUGCUGCUCUUCAAAGACUCCAUCAGGCUGUUUGCCGCUUACAACGAAGGGGUCAUCAACCUCUUGGAGAAAUACUUUGACAUGAAGAAGAACCAGUGCAAAGAUGCUCUGGACAUCUACAAGAAGUUUCUUUACAGGAUGACAAAGUUGUCAGAGUUCCUCAAAGUGGCUGAGGAAGUUGGAAUAGAUCAGGGUGACAUCCCCGAUCUCUCGCAGGCCCCCAGCAGCCUCCUUGAGGCUCUGGAACAGCACCUGGCAUCCCUGGAGGGCAAGAAGACCAAGGAGCUGAACCCAGACACCAGGGCAUCCACCCUGUCCAGCGCCGUCUCAUGUCUCGCCUCCACCGACAUGUCCUUUGCCCGCAUGGACGAAAAAGAGAAGCAGCUGGCCCUGGAGGAGGAGCAAGCGAGACUGCAGGCUCUCAAGGAUCAGCGUCUGAAGGAGAUUAGCAUGCAAACGCCGCCCUCCGCCUCCCCCAGCAGCCAAUCAAUAGGCAGCGGCCACAACAACAACCACAUCAUACAGACGCCGGAGUUGUUCGGCUCCUCGCUGUCAGGCAACAGUGUGCCCAACCUGAACAGCGACCUGUUUGAUCUCCAGCCAGCGUUCAUCCCCGCCGUGCAGUGCGCCCCUUCCAUCUCCUCCGCCAACAGUGCCUGGGGAGGACUGGAGAGCCAGCCUCUGCAAGCCAACGCCCCCGCCAUGACUGUAGAUUUCGAUGCUGUGUUCGGGAAUAAGGCCGCUCCUGCUAACGAUGGAACGCAGCCAGCCCCCGGUUUUGACACGCUGGGAGAUCUGCUGAAGCCGACGGUUCCCGUACACGCGGCGCAUCCCCUCCCGCCGCAAAUGGUGUUCCAGUCUGGCGGAAAGCUGCUCGCCAAUGACCUGGACUCCUCGCUGGCCAACCUUGUAGGCAAUCUGCAGUUUGGUGGAACCCCAUCCAAAAAGCCGGAGAUGCAGUGGAACCAGCCGGGGGAGAAGAAGCUGACGGGGGGACAGAACUGGCAAAACAAGACCAUGUCCACCACCCAGUGGAGCCCGGCGCCCAUGGUCCCACCACCCAUGACUGUGCCACACGUGGCUCCAGCUCCCGUGGCUUUCCCCAUGACAACGCCGCAAGUGCCUGUGUAUGGAAUGGUCCCCCCCCAAAUGGGUCAGGUGGGUGGGGUGCCAGUCAUGGCUCCUCAGCCAAUGAUGUACAACCAGCCUGUCCUCAGACCCACAAACCCCUUUGCAGCCAUACCUGGUGCCCAGAUGCAGUUUAUGUAAUCCAGUCAAGGGCCGCGGGGCGAGUGAGUGGAGUGCCAAAAGCGACAAGUUGACGCAAAGAAGACAAACACGCAACAGGAGCGAAUUAUUCGAUCAAGCCAAAAAGGACAAAGACUGUGAGCCGACCGAUGCCCUUCUUCUUCUCUACCCCCCCCCCCCCCCCCCAAAAAAAAAAAAAAAAAAAAAAGGCUGGUGGGACGGUCGUUGUCUGAAGCAACUUGCAAAGUGUGUGAGCGUGCGCGUGGGGCGCCGGGUCGCUGAAUGUUUGGAGUUGAGAGAAACGGAGUGCCCGAUUGAAGACGCUGCGUGUGAUGGAUGCGAGGGUCUCUGCUGCCACAUUAGCUUUAUUUCAUACUGGUGCUAUUUUGUCGCCUCUCGGCUGCAUCCCUGCCUGCAACUGCGUGCGUGCGUGCGUGUAUUGAUAAAGUGCGUGCGGCUGCUUCAGACAAGCGUCGUCCUCUGAAGGCGUUCCCUCGUCGCGCGUCGGCGAACCCUCCCGAGUGCGCUCUCUUGGGUAUCUUUUGCUUUCUCCCACUCUCGCGGUUGUUUUUAUUUUUAUGUCGAUUUGAUUGUUCAGCGGAUUAUUCAGAUGGGCGCGACCCGCUUCGAUACCCAACCCCAUCUGAAAAAACCUACGCCGGAUUCCAGUAAAUGAGUUAAUAAUGGAUAUUCAUAUAUGGCAAGACUGAAUAUUUUGGUGAUUUCUCCCAAUUAUCAAGUGAUUUCAAAAUGUAGGACACGUAAACAGCAGGCAAAACUUGUUCAUCUGUAUGUAAGAGUUGUUCUUCUAGUACGCUAAAUUGUCUGACGAGUGCAGCCAAUGAGCAUACUAGUACACACACGCUAGUAGGAUACGAAUGAAACCCUUAGAGAGCUUGCCAUAUGCCUUGCUAUGAAUUAUCUUCUCCCGGCAAAGGAGGAAUUCAGUACAUGUAACCUUUCCACGCGCAAAUCCACCAAUGACGGCGGCUCCGCCUCGACUUCGUUGUCUUUGACGGACAUUUUUUUUUUUGCUGCCCGGCCUCACGUGAUGGUCGUAGAGGUGUUGUUCUCUUGUUGUGCUCUGCCUGUGCUCGUUUCCAUCAGACACGUUAAAUCACUUAAAUUGCACUGAUUCACUUGAAGUGUCUUCGUGUUCCCCUGGGUUGUUUUUUUUUUUUUUAAAGAUGAGAUGCAAAAGGUCAUCCCCCUCAUCCCAAGCAUUCCAUCGCAAUGAUUUGUAUGCGGACGUCACGCCCGCCGGUGUGUGAUUCUACGUGUUUUCAUGGAGGGCUGCUCACACAAUUGUCAGAUGCACGCGCUUGUUUAGUCUAAAAAAAUACAAAAGAAAUGCACAUGCAGGGUUUUGCACUGAUGUGACCAAGCUGCAACUGUUGAGUUUACUUUCUGGUUUGUGUAAACACCAGCCACUUUAGCAGGUGACAAAAUGUUCCUGCCAUUUGAGCAAUGACCCCCCCCUUUUUUUUUUCUACUCGAAGCCCCACCCCCUGGCCAGCGUCGCUAUCCGGACCGCCGGAUCAGCGAUGGUCCCGUCAUGCGUCAGGUGUUCUGGCUCUUUGUCGAGUCGGAGCGCGGCUUCUCCUCUCCCGCCUCGCCACCGUUUUCGCCGCGUGUAGAUAAUCUAAACAUGAACGACGCCGUCCGAUAGAUGUCACUCUUGAGCGCCCCCGCCCCCCGUCGCAGUCUCGUGUUCGCUUUCGACUCCUCGUCGCCGGAACCUGUCGCCGUAGAUUUGCUGCAUCCUCCUGUGCUGCUCUCAGUUCUUUGUCUCUUUUGGUGAUUAUUGCUUUUGUGUGUGUGGUUUUUUUUUUAAAGACUAUCUUUGGGGGGUAUUCAGGCCGUGUUGCUUGGCUUGCCCCUAUUUACUCUUUUUGCUUUUGAACCCAGUUUCAUCUGUCCCUCCUUGAAGCACGUCAGUAACGUUACACCGCACCAGUCCGGCUCUUCCAUGUCCACAGCAAAUCGUUUGCUCCCGGUUUUACGUUAGGGGAAUCUUGACAGAUCCGGUCUGCAAAGGCCAGCCGGGAAGAAGAACAGUAUGGCCAAACGGCUCGUCAAAGAGUUUAGUUGCCUUCUAAUAGAAGCCUAACAUGACAAGCAAACGUGUGCCACCCCCCCCACCCCUCACUUGACGUAAGAUGGUGAGCUCAAACCACAUAAAACCUCUUCUACCUUCCCUCAUCUGGCAACUGUCGUCACUUCUCCUGUUUUGCAUUUCGGGGGGGAUGGAUGAAAGAUUUUGCGAUUGCAUGGGAGGGGCUCGGAUUUUUUUUUUCACGUUUUAAUUGUAAGCGUGAAAAGGAAAACACUGAGCCUUGAGAUUAAUGUUGAAAUCGGUGAGCGCAUGGGUGUAUCAUUGUUCUUUUUCUUAGAAGCAAAAUAUGAUUAGUCAUUGCCACUCCCCAAAUGAUUUUUACCCCCCCCCCCCCCAGCAACCCCUUUUGUGCUAUUGUAAGUGGGCUCGUCGGUCUUUUGAAGCUGAGCCACAGCAGCCAAGUGUCCCCCAAAGUUGACACUUUUGUUGUGAUUUUGUCGCCACCUUGCGUUCACUUCAUUUGUUGCAGCUUUAUGCAAAAAAAAAUAAUAAUAAUAAUAAUAAAUCUGACGCGUGGUGGCAAAUUGUUUUAUCAUAACUUACAUUAUGUUCAUUUAUGCUUUUCCCCCCAAAAAAUAAAAUGAGAUUUUUCUUAAAGCUAUCAGCACAGAUGGAAUGUUACUGCUCGUGUCCCCGCCAGUCAGUCGGUCGGUCGGUCGGUCGGUCGGGCCUUCAUUGAUGACGAAUGCUUUUUUUGUUUUGUUUUGUUUUUUUGCCACCUUUGAAUCUUUGUACAUGAUUUCUAUUUAUUUAAAGCAGAAGUAUAUGGAUCCUAUCAGCAUGGAAAGGCAAAAAUGAUGAAAAAUCACAGGCUCUUAUUUUACAGCAGUAUAUUUGUUUAUUCAGAGGGUGUCUUUUUUUUUUUUCUUUUCCCGUCUUUUUGAAAAAAAUAAAGUCAUUUUCCAUUA